AUGUUAGUGGUCUUAGUAAUUGCGGUGCAGUCUACACCAUUAGGCCCUGGACCACAAACAUUAACCAAAAAUAUACCAGUAAAUCAAAAUCCUCAGAAGCGAGAACUUAUCUUAUACCUAACACCAAGCCAAAUUAAGGCCUUACAAGAGGGCAAGGGUUACAUCAAUUAUCAGCUAAUCAAUCAGGCUGAAACUUCUGAAGAAAACCAGGAAGAAUCAGAACAAACUCAACAAGAACAAGAGGAACUGUUCCAGUUGAGGUCUCUUGAAGAAGACUCUGAAGCAUUGGAAGAGGAAAACAAUGAGGAACCAUCAUUGAUACCAGUCGAAGAACCUAAUUCGGAAGAAGUUGAAGAAUGGCCUCAACUUACAUGGGUAUACAGAUCACCUCAAAACAGAAACUUAUUACCAAUUUCUGUAGAUAAUCUCACUGACCUUAGAUUAACGUCUGAACCUGAAGAACAGAUUGAAGAAAAUCAAACUGAAACAGAAGAAGACGAAGAAGAAACGGAGAAUGAUCAGCCAGAAUCACAACCUGAAUCUCAGUCAGAAGCACAGUCAGAAACACAAUCAGAAACACAGUCAGAAGCACAGUCAGAAGCUCCUCGACAGCAAGUAUUCAGGUUGGUCGCGUAUGAAAGCGCUACCGAGAAAAGCAUUUCCACCACGACAAAGCCUCCCCAAGAGGAACCUAUUGAGGAACGCUGGCUUCGUUUAUGGGAACUAAAUCGUUCACAGUUAAGAAAGGCAUCGUUACCACAAAAUAAUGUCGCCAUAAUUGCAGAGCAACCACAAGAUGAUCCUGAGACUAAUUUGCCUGAAUUUCGAUUCUUGGUAAGAAAUAAUAAUCAGAAACAGGCAGUAAGAAACCAAGACAAACGCAGAAAAAAUUUAUUACAAAAACAAAAAGUUCUUAUUCAAGCCGAAGCUCGUGCUCAGAACGCUCCUACUCAAAGCCGUAAAGAAUUCACAAAUAUAAAACAAAACCAGGCACGUUUAAUUCAGAUAACGAAGCCAAGUUUUAUCCAGGUAACAAAAACUGCAAAGGAGGGACCGCUUAAACUAGCGUCUGAAGCCCCAUCUGAAUGUAGUAAACAUGUUUCUUCUAAAAAAACAUCAGUUCCUGCUAAAAAAGACAUCCGUAACAAAGCGCCGUGGACUCGUCUCUCGUAA